AUGCGGUGCGGGAAACUAGACACGUUUUCUCGUGAUUGCCCUUGUCCAUAUCGAAAACGCCACAAGGUCCGACACGCGCUCCCAAAACCAGCCCGUGACCCCACAGGGAGCACCACCCCAAGGAACGAACAAUGCCCCGAAAAAUCCCGAGCCGAAGGCGGGCACUUCCAGCCAACAGCACUGAAACCUGACGAUAAACGUCCUUUUGUCGAGAUUAGACUCGGAAAUGGAAACCCACUGGAACCUAACCGCGAACAACCUGACCGUGACCAACCUGACCGCGAAAACCCUGAACCAGUUGUAGAUGAAACCUUGGGACCGCGACGAGUAACCCGAGCUAUGGCCAAAAAGGCAAAAUUGGCAUCUGCCGCCGGAGAACCAGGUUGA